AUGGGAUUCUCAGAACUACCAUUCGAAAUUCUUUUGAAAAUUGCCAAUAAUCUAUGGAGAAGGGAAUUGCUGGCUUGUUCUCUGACGUGCAAGGGAUGGAGACACCCGUUUCUAAUGGUUCUGUGGAAAGAUAUAGGCAUUCAUUUCCCUAAAGAAAUGAAAGCAUUCAUCAACAGUACUAAAGCCUCAAAGAAUAUAUCCAACUCACCGUCCCACUUGAUUCACACUUUAAACAUAUACCUUAAUUUCUAUGAGCUCAAAAGUCUCGAUAUGGAUAUUUCUGUCAUAUUUAAAUACAUGGAUAACUUAAAGUGCCUGUACCUAGGAGAUAUAGACUAUAAAUCUAUUUACACAGAAACAACAAAAUCAGAAAAAGUGUGGACGUCUCUGGAAAGCUUGAAAAUACGAUACCCUAGAGCACCUGAGACACAGUCAGCAAAGAACGUACUUGAAUUUAUAUGUGCAUGCAACAAGCUUCAGAAACUAUACAUAUUUGAGGAAGGACAGAGUUAUAACACAGAGUUUAAUGUGGAUGACUUUGACAACAUGCACCAAAACUUGCAAAAUCUAUCGUCUGUCAACUUUCAAAUAUAUCUCAACCCUGACUUUUCGACUACAAUGAACAAAAUCUCAAGUACAAAACCAGCUUUUGGCGUAACAUCCCUAUAUAUAUGCUCGAGAGAAUAUCGCAAAUACAUAAACGGAAGCACAUAUGUAUGUCAUAAUAACUGGAAUCCUUUGUGGUUAUGCUAUUUUGGACACAAAUAUCCAAACUUACGUUCAAUAACGCUAAAUGUUGCGGAUGCACAAGAUAACCCGAUAAAUUCCGACCAGAAGCAAGCAGCCAUAUCUCUUUUCCGAUCCAAUCCAAACGCAUUUCGACACCUGGAAGUAUUCAAAUUUGCGACCGACACCUAUUUCGAGUCUUCGGAUUUUGUUUUAUGGGAUUUGCUUUGUGCGUUAAGACUCCCGCUUAAGCAUUUGAAGUUAGAUGCGACAAGAUCUGGCAAAGUAGAUCCUUCGUACCCAAUGGACGUCAACAGGAUCUUACAAUAUGUUUCCGAAAAAAUUGAAAAACUUUCGCUCACAGGGUUUAUAUAUAACAGAGACCACGAAAAUACAACCCUGGAACUAUCCUAUUAUUGUCCGUUUUUGACGAAACUAUGCAUCAGAGGAAAAAAUGUGUCUCUUAAUCUAGACAAUGUAUUAGAGAAAUGCGCGGCUCUAAAGAAACUGAAGUUCGCUGGUGAAAAACUAUUCGUUAAUACGAACAUGAUAUCCGAAGAGCCAAAGCAACAACAUGGACUACAGAAACUGAUGCUUUAUGAUUGUACUAUAAAGGCCGAAUUAUUUCAUUACAUAUCCUUCAGGUGUAGAAGUCUGGACGAUAUGACUUUGAGGAAUCUGUUCAUCGUGGAAUCUAUUUGUGAAGAAACCGGGCGUUUAUUAGUCGAUAUGUCAUAUACUUUCUUAAAGAGUCUGCAAAUCGGCAAGAUUAAAUACGGUAAACCAUACCAACAAAUUGAUCAAGAUGGUCUUGGUAUGACACUCUUGUCUCAGAUAAGCAAACCUCGGCUAUUCUAUGAAAGAAGCGAAACCCAAGAAAAUGAGAUAGAUUCAACGUGCCAUAUAAUUGAAAGCUACGAUCUCGAAUGGUUGUAUACAUAUGUAUACAUUCUGGUUAAUUAUAUUCCCGUCACAGACACUACGGAAAUUUCGCACGAAGACGUCCCUUUUGUACUCGAAUACUUUAAGAACUUUCAGUUUAAUAAGGUCUACUCACCUUUAAAUGAUCACGACUUGUAUUAUGAAGAGGAACCAGAGAACUGCUGGAAGUACGAACUUUAUAAAGGAUACGGAGAAUUCAGAUUUGGCAAGGUUGAAUAUUCCCCUUUGAUAUUGGCAGCGACCGAAGACGAAUUUUAG